AUGUGGUUGUACUGCAUGUUUAACCAACAUGAAAGAAUAUGUAUUCAUUUUUUCGGAAUGCGAAAUAAGAGAAUCAAUCUCAGUUCAGUUCAAGUUCGAAUCUUUGAACGACAUGCGGUUUAUAUAAAAGGAACUAUAGUAUAUAAAUAUAUAUUUAUAUAUAUGCCUCCUUUAAUAGAUUUUCUUAUAUUCCUUCUUUGUUUUGUAAUUUAUGGAGAAUAUUUACUAUGUAUUCUUCAUGAAGCAAUUUUACAAAUAUUCGAAUUUUAA